AUGCUCGAUUAUUCUUAUUUUACCCAUCAGUUCAAACUCGGCUAUUGGGAGACGGAGAACGUCGCCAUCGGGCACAAGGUCUGCUCUGAGGACAUCUUGGCUGGGGGACACCUCUGGAGGAUCGAAUGCUACCCGCGUGGAAAAAGGAAAGAGGAAAACGGCGAGUGGUUAUCUAUCUUCCUACACCAUGUGAGCGAAUCCAGAGACGCCAAAGCGAUCUUCGAGGCCUUGGUGAUGGACAAAGACGGGGCUCUAUCUUCGUCCGAUAGAAGCAGGUGUGUGCGUGUUUAUGGACCACAGGGUGGCGCUGCUGCAUCUUGCUGGGGCUGGUAUCAUUUCCUGCAGCGAAGCGUCCUCCGGUCCCUAUACCUGACCAAUGGCUCAUUCUUCGUCAUUGCGUGCGGGAUCAAGGUUAUGCAGAAGGACCCAUUGGACGUGCCUCCCUCUGACAUUGGGAGCCAUCUCGGGCGCCUGCUGGAGUGCGCAGACGACGUUCCCUGCUCAUCGGGCUGUGCUUGCCGCCCGCUCCCGGUCUUCAAGGCUCAGCUCCUGGGCUCCAUGGCCGACGCCAGCAUGCCAUUCAUCACCUUACAUGAUAUCGCGCCGGCGACCUUCAAGGUCAUGCUUCGCUUCAUGUACACCGAUGCUUGUCCUGCGGAUGCUGAGCUUGGGGACUCCCCAGACGAGAUGUUGCAGCAUUUGCUCGCUGCAGCAGACCGGUUCGCGUUGGACCGCCUGAAGCUUUUGUGUGCGAGCAAGCUGUGGGAUAAUGUAUCACUGGACACAGUUGCCACUACAUUGAUGUGUGCCGAAACAUACAACUGCCCGGAGCUGAAAAAGAAGUGCAUUGGUUUCUUUGGGGAGGGGAAGAACUUCAAGACAAAGGCUUUGUUGACAGAUGGUUUUGUUCAGCUGGCGCAACAAUUCCCAUCGAUUCUUGAUGAGCUGAGGGAUAAGGUUGGAGCAUAG